AUGCGUCCAGAAGUCACACUCGGAUCUUUUGCAAGAAAGCACCACAGCCUUGCCACGGUCCAACGAGGCAGCAGGCAUUUCUGCGGCGAGAGCAAAGGGAAGCGGCCGCUGAGACCGAAGGAGGAGCUUCUGAGGGACUCAACUCACCACGACGUGCCGGUGAGGCGCAAGGCGGUGAAGGACCUUGGGAAAUACCGGGAUGACAACGCGGCCAUCGCGGCGUUGGCUAAGGCCUUGGGCGACGAAGAUGUAGCUGUCCAGCUAGCUGCGCAAGGCGCCAUGUCCAAGGUUGCCGACAUCGGCGACGAACGCACUGUCAAGGCCACGCUGGAGCGUGUGUCCAGCACCUGUGAAUGGACCAGGAUAGCAGCUCUCAGCACCCUGGCCGACAUCACUGGCAAGCACGGCCACGCUACCAGGGGCACGUCGCUGGACCUUGAGGUGGACGCGGCUGUCAGAAAGUGCCUCAAGGAUGAGGACUGGGGCGUGCGCAGGGCUGCGAUGGACACCAUGGCAGCCAGAGCUGCUCCAAACUGCGCGGAGACCGUCGAAGCCGCCAAGCAGCUGCUCGAGGAUCAGAUGGGAACUGUGAGGGAGUCAGCCAUCAAGGCGAUUGCAGCACUCGUGCCCAAGGGUAGCCGCGAAGCGAUAGACUGGAUCUCUCCCAGGCUUGAUGACUGGCACGAGUCUGUUCGCAGGGCAUCCGUGGUGGCCGUUGCAAAAAUUGCAGACAAGGGCGACCAGCAUGCCAUUGAGCUGGAAAAGAGCGCCUGUGACGACAGGUCCUGGAUCGUGCGCAAGGCGGCCACCGACUCGCUGGCCGUCACGGCCUCGCUCAACGACCUGGCGUCGCUGCGGAAGUUGGCCAGGAUGCUGGAGGACUUUGACCCGCUGCCCCGCAUGGCCGCAAUCUACGGCCUGGCCGAGCUUUGUGGAGUGGGUCAUCGCAAGGCGAUUAAGCUGGCGGAGGCACGCUUAGAGCACCGCGACCCGGGCACUCGCCAAGCCUUGGCCUUGAUGUCGGUUUGCGGUCUGCGCAUCGCCGCGAAUGGCACUGCCAACUGCGCCGGGCAUGGCAGCGGCGACGGCCUGCUGGAGAUCAGCGAGGCCUUGGGAACUGCUGUUUGGCACGUGCGACGGCACGAGUAUGUAGAAGGUCAGUUGCGGACGCUGCGCGGCUUGGUGGCGCAGCCCAUUGCCGACACCGUGGAUGCGCAUCCAGCGCAGGUGGGUGAAGGCCUCUUUGUGGGCAACAAGAAGCAUGCCACCGAUGUGGAACAUCUGGUGUCCUUGGGCGUCAAAGGCGCUUUGAACUGCGCACCUACUGGCAUCAGUAGCCUCAACCUGGACGUGUACUCCUCCAACGGCAUCACCUACGAGUAUACCAACGUCAGUCAGGACAAUCACAGCUAUCCGAUUUUACAUGACCGCUAUGGACAGCGGUCCGAACAUUUGGAGACUGCCAAGCACUUCUAUGACAGCAUUCGCAAAUCAGGUGGAAAUGUCCUCUUCUUCUGCGUGGCGGGGCAGAACCGGUCUGCGACCCUCGCCAUCGCCGUGCAGAUCCUGCAUGGGAUUCCGCUGCAGGAGGUGCUCACCACCUGCGCGAGUUGCCGGCCUUGGAUCCUGGAGAACGUGGGCUUUCAGCGUCAGCUGGUGGAGCUGGAGGCGCUGGAGCGCUCCAGGCAAGCUCUGCCUGCGCCCUCGGAGGUGAAGCGCCGGCGGCUGGCAGAGCAGGCCUUGUCGCCGCACCACGUGGAGGUGGAGCUCCUGGUGUCGGGGCUCGCCACUAUGGCCGCCGCCAUCCCGGUGGUGGCCACAAUCGACACGGUGCGGGCGGUGCUCCUGGAGCGCGCCAACGCCUACCUGCGCUUCGAGCGGCACGAAGAGAUCGGGCGGUUCUGGCUGCUCUUCACCAAGUUCGGGUUGCCACCGGAGUUCGAUUUGGUGCUCGAGGAGAUGGCCGUUGAGGUGAAGGUGCAGAUCGCUCGGCUCCAGACCACUUUCGGCCUGGACAUCGUCAAGCCCACGCAUGACGCCACAGACGCCGAAGUCGGUGCUGACACAGUGGUACGCUGGAAUUCGAGCUGCCGCUUUGAGGUCUGCAUCUUCUCUGUGCUGAAGGACUCCGUGCACGAGCCCUUCAUUUUUCGCCACCAGGAGCGGCCGGGCGCCCCGGGCACGCUGCUGGCCGAGAACUUCCUGGACACCAACCUGCGGUCCUGGGACUUCGCCUCAGGCGAAGCUUUCCGCUCCACGGAGCCCAUCGUUUUCAGCUACUCGGAUGACCCUCGGAGCAAGCGAGACUUCAUGAACAUCUCUACCAGCAAGUACGAGCGCCAGCAGUUCAGUCACCCAGGGGAGGGCGGUAUCCUCGGCAUGGGCGGUAACGCCAUUGUGCAUCGGGUCGAGCUCGAGGCUGUCGAAAAAGAUCCACAUCCGGUGAAGCAUCUGAAGCUUCGCCGGCUCAGCUCGGAGCACAACCUCGACCGUCGCUGGGAUGCAGCGGCAAAGCGGCCGUUCAGCCUCGCUAAGAUGCUCGCCUUCAUGGAGCAGAAGUCUGAAGCUGGCGUCGCCAAGAGGCUCCGCAUGGCCGGGGCCCUGAACAAGCAGGGGCGGCUGCUCUACUUCUACGGGCUAGGCAUCACCCUGGCAUCCAACAACAACAACCAUGAGGAAUACAAAUUUGAGGUGACCCUGCUAUCACAGUACCAAGAGGACUUUUCCUCUUACACCUUGAAGCAGUUCAUGGAUGACUACACAAAGGUUCUAACGCAAGGCGACCUUUGCCCCGAGGAGGAGCACCGCAUCAAACAGAUGCAGCGCAAGUUUACUUUGAUCAAGGCAAAGGUGCUCCUGGUCAGCUUGCUGAACGGAUUCCGGGAUCUCACCCUCAUGGGCGUGCAGGCUUUUGACUUCAAUCACAUGAACAACGUCCUCAUCUCUCGAGAUUGCAGGAAAUGUCGCCUCAUUGACAUCGACGGCAACAGCAAGGGGUCGAUUCAGUUCCCCUCCACCUACAUUCAAGGAUCAGACAGGGAGGAGCUGGCCAAGCCGGCCUUGGAUGUGGACCUUUCCUUGCUGCUGCCUGUGGUGGUGCAGCAGCUCAUUUGCGGCAAAGGCCGCGGCAUGCCCUUCGUCACAGAGCUCAUCAGCAAAGUCAGGCGUGCCCCGACCGAUGAGAAGGCCAAGGAGCUGAUUCGUCAAAUUGUCCAGGAAAACUUCUUCUCGGCCAACUCCUUGGAUGAUGAAAGAGCCAUGAAGCAUUUGUCCAAAGUUGUCGAGUGGUUCUUCGCAUUGUUGAUGAAGAGGCCGCCCUGGACCACUUGGACCAACGACAUCUACGACGCGAUGCGCUGCAUUGAUCACCUGCCGAUCAGCUGA